ACCUAGCAACGGAACGCAAACUUUUGUAGAAACGAUUAGUUAAUUCCCUGACUUGGAACUAAAGCUUUCAAAGUCAUUCAUCCCUCUCUCUUUUUUUUGCUGGUGAACCGACGCUCUAACCACAGCUAACGUUAGCAUUUAGCAGGUGAAGGAUGAGUGGAGGAAGAGCAGCAGAGGGAGCAGGCUGCGUCAGCUGGUGGGGCUUCAGUCCUGCUCUCGACCUGCUCACAACAGGCCCACAAAGAGACAAGAGACAAGGAGAGGAGGUCAACGUUCUGCUGGUUGGAAGUGGAGAUCCACGACAUAUUCUGAAAACCAUAUCUGGUUUGCAGAAUGAACAAAGUCUUCAUGUGUGGGUGAUAGAAAACAGCAUGGAGGUGUUGGCUCGUCAGCUGCUGCUCCUCUACCUGGCACUAAUGCCCCAGGAGAGCAUUGGACUUCAUGAGAAGACGGAGGUUUACCUGGAAGUGUUUGGGAACAGUGAGAUCCGCAGUCAGACAGAGGAGAUAGUGAAACACGCAGCAUCACAACUGUCUCUGUGUGUUAGUGAAACAGUGGAGACGGCUGCACACACCUGUCUGAACACAGCUCUCCUCAAGUUCAAGGAGCGAGACGAGUUGGCCAGGAUAUUCAAAUUGUGGCUGCGACCUCAGGCUUCAUCGUCAUCAUCAUCAUCAUCAUCCUCUUCACGUGAGGGUGCUGCUCCUGUCCUCAUGUCCAAAGCCUGGGAUUAUCGGGUCAGGCAGCACCUCGGGACACGCUACGACGCCAGGAGAGGCUGUUUCGACUGGGACCUUUCAAUGAAACUGCACGAGAAGGGGUGUGGCGUCAUCAAUAAACAAGAGUAUGUGCGAUGGAGGGAACGUGGUCUGGCGUUUGAAAUGAGGGAAGGUGUUUACCACGUCACCAAUCCCAGCCUGCUCUCCUUCAGAGUGUUCAGUCAGAGAGGGAACAGUGUGGCUGUUAGAGGUUACUGGGGAGACAUCGUGUCCAGUCCCUUCCUCUGCUAUGGCAUUGAAAGUGAUGACAAGAGCCACCUGAAGACACAUCAUGAGCAACAUGUCAAGACAGCCCAGGAUGUCUCCUUUGCAAAUGUGCAGCUGUUGUUCCAGGCUUUGUCCAGUAGACGGCGCACUUCUUCCACUCCACCUUCAGACACAGAGCGACAGGAGCCGUCCACACACACUGACCAAACGUCUGUCACCAUUAAUGACUUGAUGCGUCUCAGUGGGAUCACUGUGACUUUCCUGCCCACGGACUCACUUCACAAGCUGCCACAAAAAAAAAGAUAUUCCCACUUCUUCAAUAUCAUUUACCUCUCUCUCAGCUGUGUGCAGCACUUGGGCUCGGCCAUCGCGCAGAUUGCAGCACCAGACGCUGUGGUUGUCAUGGAGCUGGCCAAGUUCAUUUUAGACCUGAACAAAGAUCAAGAGGCAGAACUUGCAAAGAAAGCGGCAAUCCUCGCUCUACAAGCCGGACUUGAACCGUGGCACGAGGGGAAAAGUGAUGACUCGCAUGCUGUUUUCAUACCACAGAAGAAGAAGUGACACACUGCUACAGACAAAGAUGGAAGUUUGUCAGAUAUUGAGAGGCAGUGAUAACCACAGAUUAUUCUUUGAUUAUUUAGUAUAUCUUUACAUACUAGACUCUAGCUAAUAAGAAUUUUUGGUCCUGAAAUGCCUUUUGACUUUCAUAACCUUUUCUUUUAAUUCGAGUUGGACUUCCAUUUUUUAUUACUUGAAGUUUUUUUGUGAAAGGCUGCCUUGACAAAGGCGAUGCUAUCAAGCUAGCCACAACACACCGCUCUCUCAACCUCUCUCAGCACUCUGGGAGGCGUGGUCUGCAGUUAGACAUUUUUUUUGGCCCACCCACUUAAAAUCAAACCAUCAUUGGUCAAUUUGCCCAUCACUCUCCGAACCGAAACACAUAGCUUAGCCUUCUCCGGGAUUCGAGAAGUCCUAACCAAUUAAUGAGCCAGCUAACUGGGCCUAAUAGAGACGGACGAUUCUGAUUGGAAUUUUUUUUUUAUGAUUUUGUAAAUAUAUGUAUAUUUAUAUACAUAUGGAUAUCACUCCAGCACAUUUAUGUAUUUAUGUGACCAGCUAGCCAAAGGUAUUAUUUCCUUUAAUUCAUAAUAAUAAUAAUAAUAACAUCCAUAUUUUAAAAUGCUUCUGUGCUUUUUUCCAAGACUUUCUCUGGUGGGAAGCCAAUGUGAGCAAAGACGGGCGGAGCCACCAUGGAAACCACACCCCUUUUUGCUGUGUGGCGAUGAUGACUGUGGAGCAUGAAGCUGCCUACAGACAUAAAAGAGUGUGUGGAAAGUCAAACGUCUGCAGAAGUCACUCUUCAGAGGUUUUCUUAUCAGCUCCAUAGUCUCAUCUCUUGACAAUCUGUAAGUGAGCUCAUGUGAGAACCCAGCAGAAGUAACUCUGGGUAGUGUCAUGUCCUCUGUGAACCAGGCUUCACUCCCUCGCCUGGUUCUUCCAGAGGUUCUCUGUGCUCUCACGAAUGUGUUUGAUGUCUGGACCCGUGUCUGCAGCCAUUGUUGCAGAAAUGAUGUCUAAAAGUAACCUGAGUGACUAAAGGUAGAGAGUAUUCAGCCUGACAUCCAUGUAAAUAUUUCAGACGUGUGCAUCCUGUUCCAAAGGGCUAUGCAUGUGUCAUUCAUUGGGCAUGUUUCUAUGUUGCCAUUGCCUUUUUUUAUGCACAAUCUAGACUAGGGGUGUCAAACAUACGGCCCGGGGGCC